AUGCGAGGCCUCAACGCAAGGUCCCGCGGGGACCGCGACACAGCGAGCCUCCUCGCCCCUGGGAACUACGACGACGACGCCUCAUCCCUGCACAGCAACCGGAGCGAUCAGGAGAGCGACAGCGACGAUGACCAGCUGCAGCAGCGCGCCCGCAACAGCCGCGAGCUGCGCGCCGCCGACAGCAUCGUGUUCAUGGAGGAGGACGAGGUCGACAAGCUCGUCACCGAUACGCGCAAGAAGAAGCAAGACCUGCAUCGCCGAGGGUCGGGGCUCGCGGUUCCGAACCCGUUGAGGAUGUUCGGACGUGCCGACGCCGAUGGCGCGCGGCCGGGGUCCAGCAACGGGUCCUCGGAGGACUUGUUGAGCGAGAAGGACAAGAGGCAGCAGAGGCGGACGAGGCGGGAGCAGAAGAAGCAGAGGUUGCUGGAAAAGGCAUCGUACGGCGAGGACGGCGAGCUGAUGUACGAGAUGGAAGAGGGGGCUAUGAAGGAAGGGAGCUCUACCGGCGAGAGUAGUGAACGAGACGACAGCGAUGAGAUCGACCGGCAACGAUUGAAGAUGAACGAGAAGACAAAGACCGAGAAGAGGAGGAGCUGGCGCAGGUCGCUGUUCAUCUACGGCAUGAUCUCGGUCGGCUUCGCGAUACUGGUGCUGGUGGCGUGGAAGCUGUCGAUGAACAGGAAAUCAGCGCGAAAAGCCGAGUUCGUCACCAACGGGACCGCGCUCUUUGCGCCGACGACGAUUAUCAUCAGUCUGGACGGCUUCCGCGCCGACUUCCUGCAGCGCGGGCUCACUCCGAGGUUGAACGCCUUCGUCAAGGAGGGUGUCUCGCCAAAGUACAUGAACCCGUCAUUCCCCUCCGUCACAUUCCCGAACCACUACACCCUUGCGACCGGCCUCUACCCCGAAAGCCACGGAGUUGUCGGCAAUACCUUCUGGGAUCCCGAAAUGCUCGCCGAGUUCUACUAUACCGAUCCGGCGCGCAGCCUCGAUGCCAAGUGGUGGGAUGGCGAACCGUUCUGGGUCACUGCCGAGAACCAGGGUAUCCGCUCUGCAGUUCACAUGUGGCCUGGCAGUGAGGCGCACAUCCUGGGCGUUGAGCCUACUUUCAUGGACAAGUUCAACGGCAACGAGCCCCUCGAGAACAAGGUCAGUAGGAUCCUGGAGUUCCUCGACAAGCCCGGUAUGGAGGAUGAGACGGCCAAGGUGGAGGACAUGCGACCGCAGCUCAUUGCGGCCUACGUUCCCAAUGUCGAUGCGGAUGGCCAUAGAUACGGCCCCAAUAGCACGGAGAUCCGCUCCACCAUCCAGGAUGCCGAUACCAUGAUGGACCAGCUAUUCCAAGGGCUUGAGCAGCGCAACCUCACCGGCAUCGUCAACGUCAUUGUCGUUUCCGAUCAUGGCAUGGCCACCACCGACACCACCCGCCUUAUGCAGCUGGAGGACCUCGUCGAUACCUCCAAGAUCGCGCACACCGAUGGCUGGCCUCUGUAUGGUCUCAGGCCGAAGAACCCCGACGACCUCCAGGGACUGUACGAUGGCCUGGCUGAGAAAGCCAAGACCAAUCCCAACUUUGACGUCUACCUCCGCGACGUCAACAUGCCCGAGCGCUAUCACUUCUCCAACAACAAGCGCAUCGCGCCGCUGUGGAUCGUCCCCAAGACCGGCUGGGCAAUCGUGACCAAGGAGGAGAUGGACGUCGCCAAGGCUUUGAAGGACGGCUCGGUCUACAACCCUCGCGGAUUGCACGGAUACGACCACGAACACCCGCUGAUGCGCGCCAUCUUCAUCGCUCGCGGCCCUGCAUUCCCUCAUCCGCCCAACAGCCAGAUCGACAACUUCCAAAACAUCAAUGUCUACAACAUUCUUUGCGACUCCGUUGGUCUUGUCCCGAAGCCCAACAAUGGAACCUUGCGCCUCCCGCUGUCACCGUUGGGCACCCACAAGUCCGAGGACACUCCUGCGGAGCCACAAGACCCCGUCCCCGCAUACACCACCUCGCAGGCGCCCGCCUCUGUUGCCACACCGAUGAGCGUAUCACAGGCGGCUCAGUCAUCCACGCCAGCAGUCGAGUCGGUCAAGACCAUCCAGAUUGACCCUCCUCAGCCGUCACCGACGGACGCCGCGGAGGAGAGCAACGGCGCAGACGAGGACGCCAUCGAAAAGGGUAAAGAAGCCAUGAAGGGAUUCUGGGACUGGCUCACAGACAAGUUUGAUAAAGUCUGGGAUAAGAUUACAGGAAACAAGGAUGAUGAGGGUUCGGAGAACUCAGAAUGA